AUGCGCGCGUUGGCGCGGGCCUUGCCCGGGCCGGCAGUGGCGCCGCUGGUGGCCGCCGUGUUGUACUGCGCCCUGCGGUGCAGUGCGGGGGAGGGGAACGUGGGUCUGCCAGAUGGCACCCACCAUGCGACGACAGGGGGCGUAGAAUCCACGCAUCAUGCCUUCAGCCGAAUGCAAACAGUGGUCAAGACGAAUAGGCAAGGGGUAGUCAAUGCUCGUCGGCUUCUCCAAGACGAAAACACAGACCCCCUCCACCAGCACAUUGACAACACAACAGCGCAUGCACAUCAUGCAAAAGCCAAUGAGAGCCUGUGGUUCGCCGCCUACAACGGCGACCUCGACGGCGUCCUGGACGCCCUGCAACGCGGCGGCAGCGUGCACACCCGCAGGGGCGCUUUCGGUGACACGCCCCUCCUCGCGGCCUCGUCGCGCGGCAACGUGGCGUGCGUCCAGGCCCUGCUGGAGGCGGGAUCCGACGCCAGCGCUGUGGAUGGCCUCCACCAAUCUCCGCCGAUCUACUGGGCGGCCAAGGACGGCCACCUGGCCACCGUCAAGGUGCUCAUCCUGGCCGGCGCCCCGGUCGAUCAACCGAACGAUCGGCGGGCGACCGCGCUGCAGGGCGCUUGCGAAGGCGCGUGGGAGCACGUGGUUGAUGUCCUGCUCGCCGCGGGCGCCAACGCCUCCCACUCUGACAUCCACGGAUACACCCCACUGCACUUCUCAACCGUGACCAUCGGCCCAAAAUCUGCAAGCAUAAUCGACAUGCUGCUAAGUUCCGGGGCUCAAGUUGAUGCCGUGGCUGAAGAUGGCGCCACGCCGCUGAUGUGGUCGGCGACGUUUGGAAACGUGGGGGCGGCACGGGCGCUCGUGGGGGCGUAG